AUGUCACCUUACGGAUUUUCCACCAGAGCUGUCCAUGUGGGCUCCUCACCAGACCCAGUCACCGGUGCUGUGAUUCCAGCGAUCUCGCUCUCAACGACUUUUGCACAGUCCGAGCCAGCAAAGCCAAUUGGUGCCUACGAGUACUCCAGAUCGUCUAACCCAAACAGACACAACCUGGAGACCGCGCUUGCCUCGUUGGAACAGGGUAAGUAUGGGUUGGCGUUCUCAUCCGGCUCAGCUGUCACUGCAGUGAUCUUGCAAUCUUUGGCGCAAGGCUCACAUGCCAUCUCUGUUGCCGAUGUCUACGGUGGUACCCACAGAUACUUUACCAAAGUUGCCAACACCCAUGGUGUUGAAACGUCUUUUGCUCAAGACAUCGUUGCCGAAUUGGCUGGUUUGAUCAAACCAGAGACACGCUUGGUGUGGAUUGAAACCCCAUCCAACCCAACUCUCUCAAUCACUGAUAUCUCUAAAGUGAGAGAAAUAAUAGAUGCCUCUGAUAACAAGAACAUCGUCCUUGUCGUUGACAACACAUUCCUUUCUCCAUACAUUUCCAACCCAUUGACUCACGGCGCCGAUGUUGUCAUUCACAGUGCCACGAAGUUCAUCAACGGUCACUCCGAUGUCGUUCUCGGUAUCGCUGUUACAAACAACGAAUCCAUCUACGAAAGAUUGUCUUUCUUGCAAAACGCUGUUGGUGCAGUGCCAUCUCCAUUCGACUCGUGGUUGGCACACCGUGGUGUCAAGACCUUGGCCCUCAGAGUCAGAACCGCAGCUGAAAGUGCGUUGAAGAUUGCCCAAUUCUUGGAGAAGAGCGACAAGGUGCAGGCUGUUAACUACCCAGGUUUGUCCACCCACGCAGGCUAUGACGUUGUCAAGAAGCAGCACAGAGAUGCCCUUGGUGGUGGUGUUGUAUCAUUCAGAGUGAAGGGAGGCGCAGAGGCUGCUGCCAAGUUCACAUCCUCCACCAAGCUGUUCACAUUAGCCGAAUCCCUUGGUGGUAUCGAGUCCCUUUUGGAGGUGCCAGCUGUCAUGACCCACGCAGGUAUUCCAAAGGAAGCUAGAGAAAAGUCUGGUGUCUAUGACAACUUGGUUAGACUCUCCAUCGGUAUUGAGGAAGUUGAAGAUCUCAUUGAGGACAUCAAGCAGGCUCUUGAGGCUGCCACAGCAAACUAG